AUGUCAUAUCCACAAUUUGGCUAUCCAUAUUCGUCUGCUCCACAAUUCCUAAUGACAAGCAACUCCCUAACCACUUGCUGCGAGUCUACCGGUAGAUCCAUCGCCGACUCCGGAGUGGCUGCGUCCGGGCAGACGCCCGUCUACUGUCCGGUGUACGAGAGCAGACUCCUGGCGACGGCCAGACAUGAGCUCAGUUCGGCCGCCGCUCUGGGGAUGUAUGGGAGCCCCUACACGGGAACUCAAGGAUACGGCAACUACGUUACAUAUGGAACGGACGCCUCCGCUUUCUACUCGCUGGGUACAUUCGAUACAAAAGAUGGCACAGCCUCUGCACAUGCAGGAAUAACCCAAGCGACGGCCUACUACCCCUAUGAUCCGACCUUGGGGCAAUAUCAGUAUGACAGAUAUGGUUCUAUGGAUGGAGGACCUAGGCGUAAGAAUGCUACUCGUGAGACAACUAGCACCCUGAAGGCCUGGCUACAGGAGCACAGGAAGAACCCUUAUCCAACCAAAGGUGAAAAGAUCAUGCUGGCCAUCAUCACCAAGAUGACCCUGACACAGGUGUCCACCUGGUUUGCCAACGCCAGGAGGAGGCUUAAAAAGGAGAACAAGAUGACAUGGCCACCAAGAAACAAGGGAUCAGAGGAGAAGCGAUUUGACGAGGAUGACGACUGUUCUCAGGAGGAGCAGAUAAAAAGUGAAAGUAAUGAAAAUGAUAGUCGAGGUCAAUCCAAUAAAGAUCUCCAGCUGAGCGACCUGGAAGAUUUUGACACUUUGGAAUCAGAGAGUUCGGAGUGUGAGUUGAAGCACAGAUACCACAUGAACCCUCACAUGACAACAACAGGUGACUGUCCCCCUGAGCACCUUAUCAAAGACGUAUCUAUGAAAAUGUCUGGUCCAGUUGCACUCGGGGGAGAGCAGGACUUGAGUAAAAGUUGCCUAAAAACAAACCAGGAGGAUUUCCAGGCGGAAAGAAUAGCGCAGCCAAAGUCAUGUUACAGCCAACAGCCGCAGCACCAUAUGCUAGAUGGCAAGCCUCGGAUCUGGUCUUUGGCCCAGACGGCGACCUCCUUGGUCCAGACUGAUUACCCUUCCUGUAUGCUGAGGUGUCAAGUCCCCCCCUCCUCCUCCCUCAGCCCACCCCCUGUCGCUACCUCACCCACUUCAGGCUUGGACCACAGGCAGGACUCACCUGUCACCACACUGAGAAACUGGGUGGAUGGGGUUUUCCACGACCCCUUGUUCAGGCAUAGCACUUUGAGCCAGGCCCUGACCCACACCACCGUAUCCUGGAGUAGCACCACCAAAGGCUCCAUCUUAGAGGCUGAGAAGAGUCCAGGGGUCCCACUGCAUGACCAGGAAUCACCCAAAGACAGUGCCAUGAGUUUCAAAACUGUUAACAAACUAUUUUGUUCUUAA